GUCAUUUUUAAAGCCUGGGCAGCAGGCCUGCUGCCUUCUUUUUCUCUCUUCUUUCUUUUCUUGUUGUGUCCAUUUCUAGAGCUAGGGAUUCUACCGCGACCGGCGCAACAUUCAGGGCGGCUUUCACGGAUUUUGGCUUCAUCCCGUUAUGGGCGAUCGCACGGUCAAUCUUCUCAUCACUGAUACCCCUCCCAAAGCAGACAUUGGUUCAGAUUGGUUCUUCUAUGUUCGGCAGGCAAGGACAACAAUAUGCAUGCACGACAUAAGCCUGGCGGUUGGUUUGUCAUUUACUGUAUACAUAUAGGCACCGGACUCGGCUGCGUCGCUGCAUCCCAGCAAAGCGCCAAGGAAUCCCGGGGCUUCAGCCAUUGGCCAGCAUGGCGGAGAAGGAGGCAAGAAAUAGGGGAAGUGAGGAGGGGGAAUCGGGCUGGUUUGAGAUGCGGCGUCUGUCCAGGUGACAUGCCGCCCCUGCCCCGCAGCUCCGUCACACCUUGUUGGCUUCAACGCCAAGCUUCUCUGUGCACCGGCCGAGGAGAAUUGGAAAGAGGAGAAGAAAGCCAAGGAUCCGAUCCUUCAGCACAUCUCCGGUUUUGCCUGAAUGGGUGUCCUAUAUAUGCAAGACGAGUCACUAGCCUCAAGAGAAAGCAUGGACGACGACAUCGUUAGCGUCCAUAUAGGUGUAGGAGGUGCGUCGUGAACUCGCCGCCCGAUGACGACACUCCAUCGACGGAGGUCAAGCCCCUAGCCAAUGACUGCAGCGGAUUGCAGCUUUGCAUUCCAGCCGAAACCCACCCCGCAUCCCAAUGCGUGCAUAGCCGUGACUGUCUGUGGUUCGAUUCAUCCAAGUUCCCUCACGAAUAGUCUGAAGAAUCAAGUGGUGUAACGAGUUUGGAAUGUGGAGAAGGGGAUGAUGACCACUUCCUCGUAUGAUGGGUAUGAGUGAACAAGGACCUGGUUGGCGAUGGCUUGGCCUAGACUAGGUACCUCCGUAGCUGACAAGCGCCCACUUGCAUCGAAGAUCCAGCCAGGGUUCUUGCAC